UUGUCUCGUUUUGUCGCGGCGGCCGCGAAAAUCCGACGUUUAGUUUCAAUGCGAACGCUUUCGGUUCAGCACAUUAGUAUCGUCGUCGUUCCAACUUUUAGCUGAGAUGUAUUUUUUGAAGAUUAUUUGUAAAUUCUUUCACAUUUACGACUGAAGAGAGGAUUCAUCAAAUAUGGAAUCAGAGUCCGGUACUACGAACACAAAGAUCUCAGAUUCAGGAUAUUCAAACAGUUGUAGUAAUAGCAAUUCCCAAAGAAGUGCCAGCUCCAAAUCCAGGCACAGCGGCAGCAACUCGAGUAGAAGUAGUGGAUAUUGUGGCGCAACAAAUCCGGAUGGCAGUGUCGAGACUGGUCCGCAGCCACCGAAACGCAACAAAGACAAAGAGCACAAGAAAAAGAAACUCAAGUCGACCAAUUCGACCAACACAAACACCACACCGGUCGCAGCGUCGGCCGCCACGACACCGACCGAACAAAGAACAACAACCGUCGUCUUAAAGGAGAACACAACCACAGAACAAAUCAUGGGUGUCGAGGCUUUGCCCUCCGUCAUCGUGGAGACGGCCGUACCGCCGGCUGAGAGCAUGGAGAACGCCGUGGAAGUAACAAUAACGGCUCCGCCAACGUCUCCAAUCACAGCGGAGACCUCACCUCCAGCGGAAGAACUGUCGGCCUGGCCAGUUGAUCAGCAGGACAACCAGCAUCAAAACGAGGCCAACAUAGAAAACGCAGUCGCUGUCAAUGAAGAAGAGUACAAGGCCCCCUUAAAUUGUCAACCAGAUGACGGCUUUUGCUGUGUCAUAUCAAUGUACGACGGCGUGGUUCUGUACACAACCCCCAGUUUGACUGCAGUUCUAGGUUUUCCCAAGGAUAUGUGGCUGGGUCGUUCAUUCAUCGAUUUCGUACACCCUAAAGAUAGGGAAACCUUUUCUAGUCAAGUAACGACAGGUAUUGCAUUACCUUUGGUCGACUCCCAAGGGAAAUACAAAGAUGUAAAAAACUGCCUUUACGUUUGCCUGAGGAAAUACCGAGGAUUGAAGUCUUCAGGAUUUGGCGUGGUGGAGAAGGCAGUUUCUUAUCAGGCAUUCCAGCUUACAGUUACCUUUAGACACAUAACCGAAGCCCCAGAGGUUAAAUAUGUUAACAACACCAGCGGAAUGUUCCUGGUGGUAGUAGCAGUUCCUGUUUAUACUUCCUACAAAGUUCCAGAGGAACGUAAGAAGUCGCCGAAGUUUGGAAUGCGUCACACUGCCGCGUGUAUUUUCAGUCACGUGGAUCCUGAUGUCGUCACACACUUCGGAUUUUUGCCCCAAGACAUGUUAGGAAGAUCAGUAUUCGAUUUCUAUCAUCCGGAAGACAUGCCGUUUCUAAAAGAAGUAUACGAAUCUGUGAUGAGAAUGUGCCAAAUAGCGGGUAGUGUAUUCCGCAGCAAACCCUAUAGGUUUGCAGUGCAAAAUGGUGGCUUCGCCAUGAUUGAGACUGAAUGGUCCAGCUUUGUUAAUCCAUGGUCCAGAAGAUUAGAGUUUGUUAUUGGACUCCACAGAGUUCUACAGGGUCCUCCAAAUCCCGACAUAUUCGAGCCCGCUAAAGAAGAAGACUACAUUUCUGAGGAAGUCCUCAAGGAAAGCAAGUUAAUACAAGAGGAAAUAUUGAUGUUGUUGAAGAACGAAUUAUCCAGACCAUCUGAGGCAGCUAAACAUGAAGUGUCGAAACGAUGUAAAGACUUAGCCAAUUUCAUGGAAUCCUUAAUGGAUGAAGUGAAUAAGUCGAAUCUACAAUUAGACUUACCGCAGGAUCCAGAUCCUACCAUUUCGGUAAGUGUGAAGAAACGGGAAAGAGAUUCGGUUAUGUUAGGUGAGAUAUCACCUCACCACGAAUACUAUGACAGUAAAUCAUCAUCUGAAACACCACCAAGUUACAAUCAGCUCAAUUAUAACGAAAAUAUUCAGAGAUUUUUCCAGAGCAAACCGAAAACUACUGUAUCAGACGAAAGUAAUGGUGUUCUUCAAGGCACUAUUGACACAGACCAAGAGGGCAAAAGCUCAUCUGCUGCACAAGACUGUACCAAUAACCAGAAGUGUUUAUCGCCAGUGCAAAACAGCGGAGCUUCUGGUAGUGGUAGUGCAGGAAAUUUGAGUUCAGGCAGUAAUCCGAAUAUUGAAAGUGGUACCACAAGUGGGACGAACACUUCAACCAAUGACUCAUACAAACCCCCGCACCUAACCGAGGCUCUUUUGUUAAAGCAUAAUGAGGACAUGGAGAAGAUUAUGAUUAAAAGGCACAGGGAACAAAGGUCCAGUGUGAAGGAGAACAAGAAGUUUUACCACAAAACCGAGAAGAUUAACAUGGAUAAGGCCAAUAUUGAUAAAAAUGACACAACAAAUCAUGGGCAUGGAGUAAAGAGGAGUGGUUCCUAUUCCUGGGAAGGAGACAGUCAUAAGAUUUCAAAGCAUACGAAGCAUCAGAAUGGUAUAACAAGCAACAAAGAAGAUUUGGCACACGCAACCACCAAUGCUUUCCCAUCUAAGACCAUCAACAACAUGAACCAACCAGUAUCCAACAACAUUAACUGUACAGAAAAUGUCUACCAAUCAACUAUAAAUGAUGUAAAUUUGUGGCCCCCCUUUUCUGUUACGGUAACACCAAUGAACAACUCCCAGGCUUGCAGUAUAAACACAACUCCAGGUGGACAAGCCGGUUUUGCAACCGGGAUGUUUCCAGUUUAUUACAUCCCGGCCCAUCAGCGACCAGCUGCAGUUGGGCAAGAGUUCGUCGAUUCGGUUGGUCUGGCUACCUCCAGGUACCAAGUUCAAUAUAUGCCUGGUAUGAUCUACAAUUACAACCCGAUCUUCCCCGCAUCACCGAUAAUAUGUUCACCCCUGCCGGUACUGCCAGUGACUGUCGCACCCUCAAUCACGCCCGUCAACCAGGACAAUCGUCAGAUUAACAAUCUGCAACCGAACAUAAGCAACAACGCUCCCUCCACGCAACCAGAGCACAAACCUAGUCCACCUAGUGGAAUGGCCGGACCGCAGUUCCAGAGGCCCGCCUCCCAGGCCACUUCAGUGAAGGCCGAGCCUGGAAGUGCCAUGGGAUCAAUCGCUUCAGCCAGCGUUGCCAAUAAGGCGUUAUCGGAAUGUUCUCGAAAGGAUAUGGGUUUGCAAUCGGUUUGCUCACCCGAUUCGCCUCUGGUUAGUCCACCGGACGGCGAAACUGAAAUGGAACAUUUCAAUAUAAUGGCAAAGAUUAAUGAGAAUGUAGACAAAUUAAAGAAAGUUAACAAUUUUGGCAAUAACAAUAUUGAUGAGGAGAGCAGUUAUUCUUCGUCUUACUCAUCCUUUUUAAAAACCGACACUGGUUCUGGCUCCAACGAUGAUUCGAACAUUAUGGACAGUAAAACAACUAAAACCAACAGUGACGAUAACACUUGGAAAAGUCGAAAAUAUUACCCAUCACGUAAAAAAGACCCGCCAUGGUUAGAAACAGUGUCCGUAACGCCGGACCUAAUCUAUAGAUACCAAAUGGCCGUAAAAGGUAUUGAAGACAUUCUGGAAGCUGAUCUCAACACCCUCAAGGAAAUUCACCAGCCAGUCCUAGUCAACGACCAACUAAAUCAAUUAUAUAUAGAAAUGGAACUGGAGGGAUUAUCGACGAAGCUAACCCUCGAAGAGGGAAUUACUUCAAGUAGCAGCAGCGAUGAAAAUUGCGCAAAUACUUCCAAGCCGAAAAAGAAAAGGAGAUCGUACAGUUCGCUGAUGAUGAUUUACGAGGAGAACGCUCCUUUACCACCUCCGGAUCCGCACUGAAAUUUUGACGAUUACAAUCGCAAGGACACCGAUAUGGUUCUAUUUUUGUACUCUGUUAAUUUGUGAAAUUUUUGUGUACAUGUAUAUUUUUUGACUAGAUUCAGAGCUCAUAUUUAUUUAAAGUGAAUUUUUGAUGUUAUAGAUAGAUUUUUUCAAUUUUUAUAAUGUGUAUUUGUACAUCGCAGGUCAUUUAAUCAUGAUUGUUAGGACUUAUACAAAUUAGAUAUAUGUAUAGACGUUGUAAAUUAUUUAUAAUAAAUAUUAAAUUUUGCAAAAUAA